AUGGCCGAAAGACCUGAUCCAGUUGUUGCUGAUCUCAAGCAAGAGGUGACCUGUGGCAUCUGUCAUGACCGCUACCAGGAGCCAAAGCUGCUCCCUUGUUGUCACUACUACUGCAAGCAAUGCAUCCUCACACUCUCCAGUCGCUACCGACCCAACCAGCCGUUCCCCUGCCCCGACUGUCGUGAGCCCACUCUAUUGCCAGACAACAACCCUGACAGACUGCCCACUGCGUUCUUCAUCAACCGGAUGAAAGCACUCCACUCGAGGAUGGAGAAAGCCCACGGAAAAUUGGAGGCCACUUGUGAAAUGUGCUCUGCCGACAAUUCUCAUAAACGAUUGAGAGUAUUUACCGGACAUGCCAUCUCCACUCUGGACGAGCUCAAACAGGGCGGAGUGAAAGAACUAACAUUCGAAAGCCCACCACCCCCAAAAUGUGAAGAUCACGAAGAACUGAAAAAGAUUUUCUGUUUUGAUUGCAACAAGCUCAUCUGUCGAGACUGUAUCGUUAUUGAACAUGCUGGACACAAUUACCCUGACAGACUGACUACUGCGUUCUUCAUCACCCGGAUGAAAGCACUCCACUCGAGGAUGGAGAAAGCCCACGGCAAGUUAGAGACCACCUGCGAAAUGUGCUCUGGGGGAAAGGUCACUGCAUUCUGCCGACAGUGUGUCAGUUUUAUCUGUGACGAUUGUGUGAAGUCUCAUAAAAUGAAAGUAUUUGCCGGACAUGCUAUCUCCACUCUGGACGAGCUCAAACAGGGCGGAGUGAAAGAACUAACAUUCGAAAGCCCACCACCCCCAAAAUGUGAAGAUCACGAAGAGCCAAAAAAGAUUUUCUGUUUCGAUUGCAACAAGCUCAUCUGUCGAGACUGUAUCGUUAUUGAACAUGCUGGACACAAUUACGAAUUUGUAAAGAAAGCUGCCCCCGCAACUCGCAAAAAGCUGACGGAGCACCUCUCCCCACUCAAGAACUUACUGCCUGAUCUGAGCACCGCUGUGAAUCAAGUGAAAGGAACUAAACAGAAUAUCCAGUCCCAGAAAGAACUGACAGAGAGACAAGUGAAUGCCAAGUUCCAUGAGCUACACGAUAUUCUCGAUCGAUGCAAGGUUCGUGUUUUACGAGAAUCUUCUGCUUUGGCUGAUUCAAAAAUGGAAAAGCUGACGAUUCAAGAGAAGGGUCUGGACCUGUCCCUGGGUACUGCUCAGAGUUUGAUUGACUUUGUAGAGCGUACACUGGAGAUUGCAAGUGAUGAAGAACUGAUUACGAUGCAAGAGCAGGUGGUGAGUCGAAUCGAUGCCGAGGUGGUGAAGCGAGGGAAGGAAGCAGCCAAUCCUGAUCCAGUGGAGAAAGAUGAUCUUGGAGUUGAAAUUUUUGUUUGUGAAGAUCUCAAGAAUUUGUUGUGUGUGAAGAACGUUUUUGUGUAUGACGGUAAAGUGGAUCCAACAAAGUGCACUGUGGAAGGAGAUGGAGCUAAAAAUGCUGAAAUCGAUAAUCCUGCUUGCUUUUCAAUCAAUACACACCAGCCACGAAAAUGUUCUUCAAAAAUUAAAGUAACUCUAAAAUCGCUAGUUGAUGAAUCAUCUCAACAAUUGCAAGCAGUGCCUGUGAGGGGUGAAGUGUACAGCGUUGAGUACACCCCUAGGGUACGUGGUCGACACCACCUCCUGAUCUCAGUGGACGACCAGCCUAUUCCAGGAAGCCCCUUCGCCGUGCCCGUCAAAAUACCCCCCACCAAGCUGGACAAACCAGUGAGGGUGAUAAGAGGAAUCAACAACCCUCGAUAUAUGGUAUUCAACUCAUCAGAAGAACUGAUUGUAACUGACUGGAACGGUGAUGUUUUGAUGUUUGACAAGAAAGGAAAACAAAUUCAAAGCAUCAGCAAAUCAAAGCAUGGGUUUGGCUUUAUCUGUGGUGUGGCAGUAGACAAGGAGGACAAGGAGGACAACAUCUAUGUCUGUGAUAGUACCAAACACUGUGUGUACAAGUUCAACAAAAGAGGAGAUCUGCUGAAGAGGUUUGGGACGAAGGGAAGUGGUCCAAAGGAACUCAACUACCCUCGAGGGAUAGCAGUCGCUGGUGAUCAAGUGUUUGUGUGCGAUCGAAAGAAUAGCAGAGUCCAAGUGUUGACGACAGAUCUGGAGCUAGUCAAGCAGAUUGGUUCAUACGGAACUGGUAAUGGACAUUUUAACAAACCAGAGGAUGUUACAGUGGACAAUGAACAAAUGAUGUAUGUCACUGACUGUUAUAAUCAUCGUGUUCAAGUGCUCACUAUGGAUGGUCGGUUUAUUCGCUCGAUUGAUAAGAAAGGAAGUGGACAAGGAGAUCUGUCUUACCCUUAUGGUGUGUGUGUCACUGGUUUUGUUUAUGUUGUUGAGGAUACUAACAAUCGUGUGUCAGUGUUCACUAAAGACGGUCAGUUUGUCACAUCAUUUGGUAAUGGUCGUAUCACUAAUCUUUAUGGAGUAGCUGUGGACAGUGAUGGUUUUGUAUAUGUGCGCAGUCAACAAUCUGUUGUUAUCUUUUAG